AGCCAUUUUGGCUCAAGCCAUUUUGGCUCAAGCCAGAUUGGCCUAAGCCACCUUGGGCCGAGGAGCUUGCUGAAGUGCUACGCGUUGCUUCCAUGAUAUCCGGGACCAAGGCUGCGCUGUAUGCUCCUGCCCUGUGUGAGAGCACGCCUUGGUUAUGGUUUUGCCUGCUCGGGUGCCUGCUCAUUUCUCCCCAGGCGUUUCUCUAUAUCGUCAAUGGGGGCGGCUGCGGUCAGUUCCCACGGUCGCAUUCGAAGCAAGUUUGGAAUCAUCACUUGGGGUUGUGUGAACGACGCAGGAUACUACAUUACUGGUGUUGGUGGAAGCCUUAAUUAUGUGCAUCGAUUGGUGGCCCAUGCUUUCUUGGGGCCACCGCCUUCGACGCAGCAUUGCGAUGUGAAUCACAAGGACCGUGAUCGUGGUAACAACCAUGUUGAUAAUUUGGAGUUCGUCACACGUUCCGAGAACAUCCUCCAUUCGUAUGCAGCGAACAGUACUCGCAGAACUUCCGCAGAUGCACUCUCCAAACCGGUCCUCAGCAGAUGGGCUGGACAAGGCCGCUGGACCGAUCACUCCUCUGUGCGCCUAGCGUCCCGCGAAACGGGCGUUCACCCCAGACAAAUCUUCAUGUGUUGCAAGGGCAGGGUAUCCUCAGCAAAGGGAUACGAGUUUAGAUAUGGAGCAUCCAUCGUUCCGCAAUGUUUGCCCGGCGAGGAGUGGCGGCCUGCCCUACACCCAUGCACAGGCACAGAGCUAUCAACCUGGAAGGUCAGCUCCCACGGACGAAUGAAAUCUACUCGCGGAUUGGUCUCGUACGGCUCACAGGGUUUAGAUGGCUAUCGUGUUUCAGGAAUUACAGUCGACGGCCGGCGAAGAAAUCAUGACGUACAUAGACUCGUCGCCCGAGCUUUUUUAUGGCAACCAUUUUAUUCAGAACAUCUUGUGGUCAAUCACAUCGAUAGCAAUAAAGGAAAUAAUUCCAAAAGUAAUUUAGAGUACGUGACUCGGUCGCAGAACUCACUCCUUUCCAAGAAAUGGUGGCUUGGACGCUCAAGUGCCGGAAUAACGAACUCGAAACCUGUAUGGGGACGGAUAGUUGGAUCGCAGUCAUGGAGGCGGUACGGAUCGAUGGCCGAAGCCGCGCGCCUUUUGGGCUUGUCGGUUGGUCAUAUAUCGUCUUGUUGCCGUGGGAUCACACAACGCGCCGGUAGUCACGAGUUCAAGCUUGCAGAUUCGGCAGUCCCCAGUGUGUUGCCAGGAGAGGUGUGGCACGAGAUCCCGCAGUGCCUGUUUACGAAAAAGCCGUGAGUACCCUUUGCCCUCGCUGCUUCGCACAUUGAGAUUGCUACAGUGCUCCUCGUUGCUCGGCACUCUGUGCGCGCAUGCGACACGAUGGAUGGCGCAUCGCCGCAUCUUAAACAUUGCGUUCCGCAUCUGUUCUCCUGUGGGUAUGACGGUGUUCGACACUGGUGCUUGCACCUUGCCCCGGGAACAAC